UAAAAUCGUAAAACCAGAGCCCGUCUAUUAGACAUUCUCUGGUAAAACCCAAACCCCUAUGGUAAAACCAGACUCAGGAGCGAUUCACACAGGGAUCUCUAAGAGCAAAACGACAUGGCGUAGUCACCCAUAACGUUAUUGAUCAUAUAAAAAGGAUACAAUAAUUAUUUUAGGGGUGGUGGUUGCAAACUAGUCGUCCAACUAAAAGAUCCAAUGCAACGACAACUAGCUAGCUAGGCUAGCUAACGUUAACCCGCGGAUUUCCAGGCCGUACUGCUCUCUUCGAGGAAACAAGUAAACAUAAUGUCGGAUUCGGACAGUGACGAGGAGCAUGGUCGCCCAUUCUCUCUCACGGGCUUUCUGUUUGGCAAUAUCAACGAGGAUGGACAGCUGGAGGGUGACAGCGUGCUCGACACGGAGUCCAAGAAGCACUUGGCAGGGUUGGGAUCACUGGGUCUGGGCUCGCUCAUCACAGAGAUCACUGCCAGUGAGGAGGACGAAGACCGCGAUGAUGAGAAAGAACAGGCAGGAACCGACUCUGAAGGUUGGGUGAAAAGCACAGAAGAUGCGGUGGACUACUCUGACAUCAGUGAAGUCGCGGAGGAUGAAACAAGGAAAUACAGACAAGCCAUGGGAAGCCUACAUCCUGGCAGGGCAAAUGAUGAUGAGGAUGACUACGAUGCAGACUGUGAAGACAUUGACGCCAAGUUGAUGCCCCCUCCUCCACCACCAAGCCUACCUACACCAGGGAAGAAAGAUGAGCUUCCAAGCCAAACCACCAGUGUAGUUGGGGAUGAAGGGGACGGCAUCAUCCUCCCCUCCAUCAUCGCUCCAUCCUCCGCUGUGGAGAAGGUGGACUUCAGCAGCUCGUCGGACUCUGAGUCGGAGGCUGACCGGCCCUCGCAGGGCCCCGGAGGGGGCGGCCCUGCUAUUCUCUCACUGCCCCUGGCCGGCAUCAUGCAGAAGGAUGCGGCCAAGGCCCUGCCCGGUGUCACAGAGCUCUUCCCAGUGUUCAGACCUGGAAAGGUGCUGAGGUUCUUGCGGCUCUUUGGCCCAGGCAAGAACACCACCUCCGUGUGGCGUAGCGCCCGCAGGAAGAGGAAGAGGAAGCAGCGAGAGCCGCAGCCCGGCACGCCCCCACCCGAGGGCGAGGUUCCUGAGUGCGAGAAGAAGCCCAGCUGGAACUACGAGUAUGCCCCACCGCCACCUCCCGAACAGUGCCUGUCCGAUGACGAGAUCACAAUGAUGGCUCCAGUGGAGUCCAAGUUCUCGCAGACGUCCGGCGAGGGCGAUAAGGUGACCGAGUCGCGGCCGAAGGUGGCCGAAUGGCGGUACGGUCCGGCGCAGCUCUGGUACGACAUGCUGGGGGUGCCGGAGGAUGGCAGCGGCUUCCAUUAUGGCUUCAAGCUCAAAGAGGAGGGACCAGAGGAGGCGCAGCCCACACCUGCUCCUGCACCUCCACCUCCUCCUCCACCUCCACCUGCACUUGCUACCACACCUGAGUCACAGAAUGAGGAGCUGAAUGAGGAGGAGCAGGAGAGGCAAAAUUUGGAAGACGAGCUCUUCCUCAUGGUCACUCAGCUGCAGUGGGAGGAUGACAUCAUCUGGAACGGGGAGGAUGUGAAGCACAAGGGCACUAAGACCCAGCGAGCGAGCCUGGCAGGGUGGCUGCCCUCCAGCAUGACCCGCAAUGCUAAUGCAUACAAUGCCCAGCAAGGUCUUACAAGGAGCAUCUCUCAGUUGGUUCCGCCAACCCCACCUCCCAUGCCCAAAGCCCCCUCUAUCUCAGGGUCCAAGAGAGACAAACAUAACCAAGACCAUCAAGUGUCCCAUGAGGAUGAUGCGCCGUGGUUCUCCAUCUUCCCCAUCGAUAAUGAGGAGCUGGUGUAUGGACGCUGGGAGGACAACAUCAUAUGGGAUGACCAGAACAUGGACCACAUGCUGUGUCCCCCCGUGCUCACUCUGGACCCAAACGAUGAGAACAUCAUCCUAGAAAUCCCAGAUGAGAAGGAGGAAAGGACAUCCCACUCGCCCUCCAAGGAGAACAAGAAAGAGACGGCCCUGAAGAAGAGCCGCAUCCUGCUGGGAAAGACCGGCGUCAUCAAGGAGGAGCCACAGCAGAACAUGUCUCAACCGGAGGUGAAGGAUCCCUGGAACCUGUCCAAUGAUGAGUUCUACUACCCCAAACAGCAGGGGCUCAGGGGCACCUUCGGAGGCAACAUCAUCCAGCACUCCAUCCCUGCGGUGGAGCUGAGGCAGCCGUUCUUCCCCACGCACAUGGGUCCCAUGAAGCUGCGCAUGUUCCACCGACCCUCGCUCAAGAAGUACUCGUUUGGAGCGCUGUCUCAGCCCGGCCCGCACCCGUCCCAGCCGCUGCUCAAGCACAUCAAGAAGAAGGCCAAGAUGCGGGAGCAGGAGAGACAGGCCUCGGGUGGAGGAGACAUGUUCUUCAUGCGCACGGCGCAGGACCUCACGGGCAAGGAUGGAGAUCUCAUCCUUGCAGAGUACAGCGAGGAGUACCCGCCCCUCAUCAUGCAAGUCGGCAUGGCAACCAAGAUCAAGAACUACUACAAGAGAAAACCAGGUAAGGAUCCAGGCGCUCCAGACUCUAAAUAUGGAGAGACUGUGUACUGCCACACAUCACCAUUCCUGGGUUCGCUGCACCCUGGUCAGCUUCUACAGGCAUUUGAGAACAAUUUGUUCCGAGCUCCCAUCUACCUUCAUAAGAUGCCAGAGACAGACUUCCUCAUCAUCCGGACGCGGCAGGGCUACUACAUCAGAGAGCUGGUGGACAUGUUUGUGGUGGGACAGGAGUGCCCUCUCUACGAAGUGCCCGGCCCCAACUCCAAACGAGCAAACACACACAUCAGGGACUUCCUGCAGGUGUUCAUUUACAGAUUGUUCUGGAAGAGUAAGGACCGUCCACGGCGUAUCCGUAUGGAGGACAUCAAGAAGGCUUUCCCCUCGCACUCCGAGAGCAGCAUUCGCAAACGCCUCAAACUCUGUGCUGACUUCAAACGCACAGCCAGGUGUCAGGAGAGAGAGAGAGGCUCAGGCAGGGAAGGGAUGGACUCCAACUGGUGGGUGGUGAAGCCUGACUUCCGGUUGCCCACGGAGGAGGAGAUCAGGGCCAUGGUGUCCCCAGAGCAGUGCUGCGCCUACUACAGCAUGCUGGUAGCAGAGCAGAGACUCAAGGAUGCGGGCUAUGGAGAGAAAUCCUUCUUCGCCCCUGAGGAGGAGAAUGAAGAAGACUUCCAAAUGAAGAUUGAUGAUGAAGUGCGGACCGCCCCCUGGAACACCACACGCGCUUUCAUCGCCGCCAUGAAGGGGAAGUGCCUGCUGGAGGUGGCCGGGGUGGCUGACCCCACGGGCUGUGGAGAGGGCUUCUCCUACGUCAAAAUCCCCAACAAACCCACCCAGCAGAAGCUGAUGUCCUCCACCCAGGACGACCGCGAGCUUCAGCCCGUAAAGAAGACUGUGACCGGCACAGACGCCGAUCUCCGACGCCUGUCCCUGAAGAACGCCAAACAGCUGCUCCGCAAGUUUGGCGUUCCAGAGGAAGAGAUUAAGAAGCUGUCCCGUUGGGAGGUCAUCGACGUGGUGAGGACCAUGUCCACGGAGCAGGCGCGCUCGGGCGAGGGGCCCAUGAGCAAGUUUGCCCGCGGCUCUCGCUUCUCUGUGGCCGAGCACCAGGAGCGCUACAAAGAGGAGUGCCAGAGGAUCUUCGACCUGCAGAACAAGGUUCUGGAGUCGACGGAGGUGUUAUCGACGGACACAGACAGCAGCUCGGCGGAGGACAGCGACUUCGAGGAGAUGGGCAAGAACAUCGAGAGCAUGCUGCAGAACAAGAAGACGAGCUCGCAGCUGAGCCGCGAGCGGGAGGAGCAGGAGCGCAAGGAGCUGCAGCGCAUGCUGAUGGGCGAGGACGGGGACAAGGACAAGAGCAAGGGACGCCGCAAGGGCCUGUCCAGCGCUGUGUCCACCGGCUCUCACAAGGAUGAUGACACAUCCUCAGUGACCAGCCUGAACUCCUCGGCCACUGGCCGGCGUUUGAAGAUCUACCGCACAUUCCGCGACGAGGACGGCAAGGAGUAUGUCCGCUGCGAGACCGUGCGCAAGCCCGCCGUCAUCGAUGCCUACACGCGUAUUCGCACCACGAAGGACGAGGAGUUCAUUCGUAAGUUUGCGCUGUUCGACGAGCAGCACCGCGAGGAGAUGCGGAAGGAGAGGAGACGCAUCCAGGAGCAGCUGAGACGCCUCAAGCGCAACCAGGAGAAGGACAAGUUCAAGGGCCCGCCGGAGAAGAAGGCCAAGAAGGUCAAGGAGAGGCCCGACCUCAAGCUGAAGUGUGGCGCUUGCGGUGCCAUUGGCCACAUGAGGACCAAUAAGUUCUGCCCGCUCUACUACCAGACCAACGCUCCGCCAUCCAACCCCGUUGCCAUGACGGAGGAGCAGGAGGAGGAGCUGGAAAAGACGGUCAUCCACAACGACAACGAGGAGCUCAUUAAGGUGGAGGGCACCAAAAUAGUCCUGGGAAAACAACUCAUUGAGAGCGCUGAUGAGGUCCGCAGGAAGUCUCUGGUGCUGAAGUUCCCCAAGCAGCAACUUCCACCCAAGAAGAAGAGGCGCGUGGGGACUACUGUCCACUGCGAUUAUCUCAAUCGGCCACACAAGUCCAUCCAUCGGCGCCGCACCGACCCCAUGGUCACGCUGUCAUCAGUCCUGGAGGGCAUCAUCAACGACAUAAGGGAUCUGCCCAACACAUACCCGUUCCACACUCCGGUGAAUGCCAAGCUGGUGAAGGAUUACUAUAAGAUCAUCACGCGGCCCAUGGACCUGCAGACGCUGCGGGAGAACGUCCGCAAGCGCAUGUACCCCUCACGGGAGGAGUUCCGAGAGAGUGUGGAGCUCAUCGUCAAGAACAGCUCCACCUACAACGGAGUCAAGCACCCUCUCACCCAGGUGGCUCAGUCCAUGUUGGACCUGUGUGAAGAGAAGAUUAAAGAGAAAGAGGAUCGUCUGGUGCGACUGGAGAAGGCUAUCAAUCCACUGCUGGAUGAUGACGAUCAAGUGGCGUUCUCCUUCAUCCUCGACAACAUCGUCACACAGAAGAUGAUGAACGUGCCUGACUCUUGGCCAUUUCAACACCCUGUUAAUAAGAAGUUUGUUCCUGAUUACUAUAAAGUUAUAGUCAGCCCUAUGGAUCUGGAAAACAUUCGGAAGAACAUUUCCAAGCAUAAAUACCAAAACCGGGACGUCUUCCUCUCUGACGUCAGCCUGGUCCACGCAAACAGUGUCAAGUACAAUGGCCCCGACAGCCCAUACACCAAGACUGCUCUUGAGAUUGUAAAUGUCUGCAAGCAGACCCUGGCAGAGUAUGAUGAGCAUCUCACCCAGUUGGAGAAGGACAUCUCCACCGCUAAGGAGGCCGCCCUGGACGCUGCCGAUCUGGAGUGUUUGGACCCCAUGACCCCAGGACCAUACACACCACAGCCUGCUGAGUUGUUUGACAGCAGUACCUCUCUGAGUCUGCAGGGUGACGCUAGCCUCUUAGCCGAGGCUACGCUUCUCCCCACGCCAGAGAAAAGAGGGGUGCAGGGUCGCCACGGCCGCAGGCUCGGAGAGGAAGAGUCUGAUGUGGACAUAGAAGGCUUUGAGGAAGAGGAUGAUGGCAAGCCCAAAACACCUGCCCCAGCCGAGGACGGAGAGGGCGAUCUGGACGACGACGAGGAGGACGAGGACGAGAUGCUGCUGCCGCCGCACCGUCGAGGCCACGAGGAUGAGUACGAGGACGAAGAUGAAGGCUCCAGCAGACCGCCGCAGGCCAGCGUGCUCUACCAGGACCUCCUCAUGUCCGACGGAGAGGACGAUGCCAGCGAGGAGGAGGGAGACAACCCUUUCUCCUCGAUCCAUCUGUCAGAGAGCGGCAGCGACUCGGACCGUGAGCCGCCGCCUGCGUCCAGGGUGCACCAGGAGAGCGCGCGCAUGGGCAUGGGUCUGGACCAGGAGGAGAGCAUGAUGUCCUACGAGGGAGAGGGCCCUGACGAGGAGACCCACAUGGAGGACAGCAACGUCAGCUAUGGCAGCUAUGAUGAGAUGGAGGCGCAGCGACAGAGACAGAACUCCAGCCUGGGCAAUGGAGAGGAGGACGGCGUUAGCGAAGAGGAGGAAGAGGAGGACGAGAGAGACGGCGGCCGGAGAGGGCCAAGUGUCCUCACUCAGGUCCAGCUCAGUGAGGACGAAGAGGACAGUGAGGAGUUCCGCUCCGUCGGAGGAGACAGUGACAUGGACUCAGACAACUAGAUUAAAGACCAUGGACGCAUUCGAGUACAACAAUCAAUUUUACUCAGAAGUUCACACAUGUGGAAGUGCAUGUUGGCCCCGUCAACGUGCUUGGACUGUGCUGCCAGUCUUGUUUCCAUGGGAGGGUUUAGUUCCAGUUGUUGUGCUAUAUAUAUAAUAUUAUGUAAAUAUUGUGUCUUUUUUUGUAAGAAAACAACUCUGCGAGCCUUUUAAUAGUCGACAGGAACUAUUAUGCGAUUUAUGUUUUAAUUUUAGCAGAAUGUCAUUCAGUGACGUCAAUGUAGUCUAUCCGAAACUGUUUAAAUAGCAUUGGGCAGUCGCUUGACGUGGUGCAAACUAAAACAGAAAUGUUUUUUUGAAAGGUGUUCAUAAGCAGCAUUUCAGUGUUGAUAUUUUGUCAUAAGAAUAAAUUACUUUUGUUACAUCGCA